AAUAAACCCGGCCAUUUUUAUUUUUUGAUUGGGUUUUUUCUUAAUUUCAUAUGUUGUUUUCUUCAUUUUAAAAUCUAGUACUUAACAUAUAACACAUAUACCUUAUCUAUAGAAUGAGUUUUUCCAGUGCCAAUUUGCGGAUACGUAACGGUCUCCAGAUUUCAAUCUCAAAUCUUUGUCUCGGGGAAUCAUUUCAUCAUAAAUACUGUUAGAUACCAGUUAUGUUUUGUUCUGUUUCACAUUCAAGAGUAAAAAGGAGAGUACUAUUAUAUUUUACACCGUUUUCUUGCAAUAAACCGUGCAUAUUAUAAAUUGUUGGCAAGUCAAAUACAUUUUAAAUAAACCUUUUUUAACUUUUCCUAUUAUUGCAAGUUAUAUUUAAAAAAAGUGACACUGCAAUUUUGACGUGGUGCUGCAGUCAAUCUUUUGCAGUGAACAUUUUCUUUAUUUGCAGCAAACAUAGAGAAUGUAAAGCAGUAAAUUAAUUAGAUAGAAUAGAAUAGUUGUAGUGAUAGUGUUUAAGUGAACACGUAUACAUAAAAGAGACCAUUUAAAAAUUCCAAUGUUACUUUCCCCUUGCAAACAUGGAUGACGAAGGAAGCUUUGAAUCUGCCACAAAAUCGGCACUAAACGCGACAUCGUAUACGUUGCGGGACUGGUUAUCCCGUAUGAAAGAAGGUAACUACGAUCGCUACAGGAAACUUCUGGUUAAUGAAGGUAGAAUUGCCUUAUGGCAUAUGUGUUCACGAGUGGGCGUGAACGUCAACGGCGUGCCGGGGCAGGCGUGCCGACUGAUAGAAACUUAUUUCUCAGAGCAAUUGCGAAUAUUUUUUAAAUCACAGAGAGGCAGUAGUGAGUGGUUGCCGUUCAAACAAUCCUUGCUCACACAUUUACCGCUGACAAUGAUGUCCUGCGUACAAUUGGCGUCGAAAAUGAACGGAGCGCCAUUUAGAAUUACUGCAGGAAUGGCAAGGAUCUAUCUAGCAUGCAAAGGCUUUCAAUUUACACUCUCUGAAAUAAUAAAGUCGGAAUUGGAAGUUUUCUUUGCUUUGAACUGGUGUAUCCCGAUAUUGACUAACGUCGAAAUAGGGCACUUGCUCGCGACGGAAGUUGGCAUGCCAAAGGAAAUGUUGCCAGGUGUUUCCAUUAUCGUGGACAGCGCCGAGUUUCGUCUCAACGCAGUGCACAGACGAAUGCUUCGAACAGUCAAUGAUUUGCCAAUCGAUGAGAGAAAAGACUAUCUGGGAACACUGAGUGCGUUGCAUCUCGUGGCUGGGUGUGUUAUUGCGACGGCACUAUUUCUGAGAUUCAAGGGGGUGGAUCCCGCGCCGCGUCUUGCAGAUCUGACAAACGCAAAUAUCCCAUUUUUGCGUUGUAUCAGCAAUAUCAUAUACUCCCUCACAGUGUUAGAAAACCGCAACGUCAGCAGUGACUUCUUAACUAGGAAAAGAAAGUGGCCUUACUAAUGUUGAAAUGCGCUAAACAAUGUUUCUUUGACAAUCUAAAUAUAGCAAUAUUGAAUAAUCCAAU